AUGGCCACCACAGAGAGCUCGCCCGAUGUGCCCAAGGGCAAAGGCCACAAACACUUCGUUCCUCUCGAAAACAAUCCAGAAGUGAUGACCUCCCUCAUGCACAAACUCGGCCUCUCGCAAGACCUCGCCUUCCACGACGUCUGGUCAAUCGACGACCCCGAUCUCCUCGCUUUCAUCCCUCGCCCAGCACACGCACUCCUCCUCGUAUUUCCAGUAAGCGACACAUACGAGAAAUUCCGCCGAGAAGACGACGAAAAUCGGAACCAAUACGAAGGCUCAGGAUCUGGGGAGGAAGUGAUAUGGUACAAGCAGACGAUUGGCAACGCAUGCGGCUUGAUUGGAUUAUUGCAUGGAGUGUCGAAUGGCGCGGCGAGGGGCAGAAUACAGGAAGGCACGGAUCUCGACAUUUUGGUUAAGAAGGCUGUGGAUCUGAAGCCGAAGGAGCGCGCAGAAUUGCUUGAAGAGACGGAAGCGCUUGAGCAGGCGCAUCAGGCUGCUGCUGCGACGGGAGAUACUGCUCCGCCAGCCGCUGAAGACAAUGUGGAUCUGCACUAUGUGUGCUUUGUGAAGGGCAAGAACGGACACCUGUAUGAGAUGGACGGCAGGCGCAAGGGACCUAUCGACAUUGGAGCAUUAGACAGUGACGAGGACGUUUUAAGCCAGCAGGCGCUCGACAAAGGCGUUCGCUCCUUCCUCAGGCGCGAAGAACAGGCAGGAGGUGGUGACCUCAGGUUCAGCCUGAUAGUACUUGCGGAAUCUCUGGCUUGA